AUGAAACAAAAAGUAAAGUUUUUGAAGAUUGAUUACACUCAGCCAAUUCAAAAAGAGUCGAACGAUGCUUCUGCUAGAAUUCCUAAUGGUGAUAGCCAAAUUGGCACGGUUGGAUGUGUGGCAGUCGACAGUGAAGGAAACCUGGCUUCCGCAACAUCCACGGGUGGACUAGUGAACAAAAUGGAGGGUCGGAUCGGCGACUCCCCGAUAAUCGGAACAGGGACUUACGCCAACCAUAUCUGCGCGGUUUCCGCCACCGGCAAAGGCAAUGACAUGAUCCGUGGCACUGUCGCGAGGGAUGCAGCCGCCGUGAUGGAGUUCAAAGGUCUUCCGCUCAAAGAAGCAGCGGCUUAUGUUAUAGAGCAAGUUCCGCCGAGCAUGGCCGGUUUGGUUUCGGUAUCGUCAACCGGGGAAAUCGCGGCGGUGUACAAUACUGCCGGAAUGUUUCGUGCUUUAGCCAGUGAAGAUGGAGAAUUAGAGACUGCCACAUGGGAUUCUCCCAUUAAAGUAAGCAAUUAA